AUGGUUCACCGACACGCCGGCGCAUCAGAGUCAGCAGAUAAAUCUGAAGAAGACAAUGAAGAAGAAGAAGAUGAAAAAGAAGACGAUGAAGAAGAUGAAGACGAAGACGAUGAAGUAGAAGACAAAGACAAUGAAGAAGAAAACGAAGAAGAUGACGACCAAGAAGAUGAAAAAGAAGACGACGAAGAAGAUGAAGACGAAGACGAUGAAGUAGAAGACGAAGACAAAGACAAUGAAGAAGACGACAACAAAGAAGAUGAAAAAGAAGAAGAAGAUGAAAAAGAAGACGAAGACGAUGAAGAAGAAGAAGACAAC